AUGGCCUGUUUUGAUCCGGAUGAACUUGCCGAUUUUAUCAGAUAUCAAUGCAUUAUUAAUGCUGAUGAUAAUGGUCUAUGUAAGAAGAUAUUGCGACCACCGGCAAGAAAAGCAAAACCUGGUGGUUUACCAUUGAAUUUUCGUUCUACAGAUGAUUCUGAUACGAGUAGUGAGGAACACUCUCCAUGCUAUUUGGCUACUCCUGAUUACCAGUCAACUUACGAACUAUUACAGGAACGAUUACGUUCUAGAAUUCAGGAAAAUGACCUAUCAGUUCAAAGUGAUGAAAAUAAAGAGAUGAAAAAUGAUGCAGUUAAAACACAACUGAGUACAUCAGAUUUGGAAUUUUUUCAAUGUGAUGAUAGAUCGUGUAGUUCGUCACCACUUCCUGCGAAAAAAUCCAUUAUUGGAUUACUUUUGGAGAAAACAGAUUUUGUAAUCAGAUCUGAUCUUGCAGCUUAUGCAAGGUUUGCUGCAUCGGAUAUCAAAAAUGGUCGAAAACUAUUAGUUUUCUACCCUUUUGCCGAAUCUGAACCAGGCAGUAGUAAAUGUUUUUCAUUAAUUAUCUAUGCUCAGUGCGAAAUUUGCAUUUCUGAUCUUGUUGGUUUAUGUUGCUAUGAAUAUGCACGGAUUCGAAGGACGAAUAGUAUUGAAUCAGUUACGCAAUAUCAUUUAUUGAUGGCUGAAGAAAAUGGUGAAGUGGAUCGAGACUUACCGGCAGUUGAUGGUCAUCGUUUAUUAAAUGAACUUGGCGCAUGUUGGUCAACGGUUGCUCUAGAGAAACGACAGAGUCUUAAUUAUUUGGGAUUAACAAAUGUUGUUGUGUAUACCAUAAGUGGUAAACAAUAUGAAUUUUCAAUGGAUUCAUUGGAUGUACCCUUGCAAUGGCUUCGUGAUCAGGCUAUCAAGAGACGUAUAGAGGAUGAGGGUCAAGAUUUCAUGAGUGAUUGCCCAGCUUUGCAAGAAUAUGUUUUGGAAACUAUGAAGCAACCUAAUGUUGUGCUUGAUCUCAAUAAGCCAAUAUCCAGUACGGCUUCAUUGGAAUUUCUACUGCUGCGCAUAAACAGCUCUAGAGGUGAUUUUGCUCCAACAUGUAGUUCAAGUCUUAGUCAGGAACAUAGUUCAAUUUCAAAAAUUGAGGAACAUUUGAUAAGCUCAUUACCAGAACGACGGAAGUGCUCUGCAUCAGAUAGCGAUAUCAAAGAUUCACUAGAUAAUUCGAUUGCAUCUUAUUCAGUAGAGAAGAUACAUCGAUAUAAGCCGAAAUGGAAUGCUUUAUUAACUAUUCAAAAGAAUGGUUUUGAAUUAGGACCAAGCCAUAUGGAUCGAAUAAGAACACGAAAUUCCAUAUUUUUACAUUCUUCUAUGAAAACUUUGUACGUAGCAUGGGAUUACGUUGGUGGAGUUGAAAUCACUGAUCACUCAAAUUCAAAACGAGGAAUAAGGAUUGUUUGGUUAUCAUAUCCAGCAAUAAAUCAAUCAGAAGCACUACAAACAAGCAAAUUAAGUAGUAGCAUGCAACAUUCAGCAUUAAGUUGCGAAUCAGAUAUAUUAACUGAAAAUUAUGAAUUAUCAAAGCGAAAGCCUUACGAUGAUGCAUGUUGGAAAAUAUUGCAGUUGGAGGCAGAUGUUGAUGAUGCUUGGAGUAUAGCAGAAAAGAUAAAUACCAUAAUCGAUAAUAUAAAUUCAACAGUUCGCCAAAUUUACAAAUAUUCAAAUGGUGGAAUUAAGAAGCCAAAAAAAGCAGCUACAAAAGCAUUUAGUAGUAUCCCUGACAUACAAUUCAAAAGACAAAAUAGUUCUGUUAGUCCUGCAAUUCGCACAGUAUCCCAGUUAACUUCCACAAUGACAAAUGCAAUUCCGCUACUGUUGAAGCUAUUGUCGAAACAUAAUUAA